AUGACGAAAAAUUCCCCAGUGUGGUUCAUCGCCGCCGCGUCCAGCGGAUUCGGCCACGAGAUGGCAAUGUCCGCCCUCAAGCGCGGACACACAGUCAUCGCAACCGCUCGAAAAGUCGAGCGAGUGCAGGAUCUAGCAGAGGCGGGAGCACACACCAUGGCCUUUGACGUCACGUCCCCCCUGGCAGUCAUUGAGACAAUCGCCAAAGAAGUGUUUGACAAACACGGCCGAGUCGACUAUCUGGUGAACGCAGCGGGUUUCAUUCUCGAAGGGGCGGUAGAGGAAGUGUCGCCCCAGGAAGUAUUCGACUCGUUCAACACCAAUGUCUUCGGCGCGGUGAGCACAAUUCGUGCCUUCUUACCGCAUAUACGAGCGCAGCCCAUCGCUCCCAAUGGUGUGCGAUCCACCAUUGUCACAUUCGGAAGCCUGGGAAGCUGGCGAGGUGGUGCCGGCUUUUCCAUAUAUGCCAUGACCAAAGCAUGUGUGUCGUCACUGGCUGAGUCUCUUCGGGAUGAGCUUGCGCCGUUCAAGAUUCGUUCCACGACAGUCGAACCUGGCUAUUUCCGAACGUCGUUCCUCAAUCCUGGUGUCAUGGUCAGCUCCAAAACGCGCAUCGAUGCGUAUAGCGACGAGGCUACACCGACGGGUCAGGUGAGGAAGCGCUUGGUUGUGGUGGAUAAUAACCAGCCGGGAGAUGUGGUGAAGGGGUGCAAGGUCAUUCUGGAUAUGUUGACGGGGAGUGGGCUGGCUGAGGGGAAGGAUCUUCCUGUGAGAGUGGUGUUGGGGCCGGAUUGUGAGCAGACUAUUAGGGAUAAGUGUUCGCAGAGCAUUGCUAUACUGGAUGAGUGGAAGGAGCUUAUUCGGAGUACGAACCAUGAUUGA